AGCAAGAGGAGCAGAAGGAGCGGCAGGCGGCGGAGGCUCCGGCGCCGGCGCCGGCGCCAGCGGUAGUCGGAGGGGACGCGGCUGGUCGGUGGAGGAGGACUCGAUGCUGACUCGGCUCGUGGCUGCUUUCGGGCCGGGGAAUUGGAAUGCCAUGUCGAAGAUGAUCCCCGGUCGGACCGGGAAGUCCUGCAGGUUCCGUUGGGUCAACCACCUCGAUCCUAGCGUCAAGCGCGGGCCUUUCAGCGACGAGGAGGACCGAGUCAUCCUGACGGCUCAUCAGAUCCAUGGGAACAAAUGGAAAUCAAUUUCAAAGAUGCUACCAGGCAGAACAGGUUAUGCAAUCAAGAAUCACUGGAAUGUGAGUUUGAAAAACAAGCAGGCAGAUCAAAGGAGUCCCGACUUAUCUGCUAGUGACAUGACAGCAGCUCAAAUUUUAAGUGAAAUGAAAGCAUUCACUCAAAAGGCACUUUCCUUUGGAGAUGUGGUGACGAGCGGAAACCAAGAGGAAGGAGAAGGUGGAGAUUAUCAUGGACAUCAGAACUAUGAAGAUCAAGCAUUUCAAGCCAAAGAAGGUUGUGUUGCUGCUGGGACAAGGGAAAACCCUCCUGUUCUUCGUCCAAAGGCAAGCUAUGGUGCAUUUAGUGUUUAUUACCCUCCAAGUGGUGGUCCUGGAAAUAAUUCUGGUGCUUUGACCGUGGUGCCCCUCCAGGGACCUCUAGCACAGGCUCUUGGGUCAGAGUUUGGCAUCCACCAUUUUCUCGAAGAUGCCCAUGGGGAGCCUUUGAUUCCUCACCAAUGUGGCUAUGGUUGCUGUUCGGGUCAAAAUGGACCAAAUGGUGGAAGCUCCUUGUUGGGGCCUGAGUUCAUUGAUUACAUUGAGUCUCCCUCCUCGAGCCAAGAGCUGAUGUCUUUGGCAGCAGAGUUGAACGAGAUUGCAUGGGCUCAAUGUGAUCUUCCAAGUGAUCCUGGACCAAGUGAUCUUCCAGCUGAUGUCAGUACUGGGAUGCUGAGCAUGGAGAUGCGGCAGCCAACCCGUCCAAGCGAGAAUAAGAAUGAUCCAUGUGGCAAGUUGAAGGGUGUGAAGCAGUAAUAUAUCGGUUGAGGAGCCGGAUUUUGUGGUGCCAGCUCAAGUUGAAUUUUUGUUAAAUGCAUCACUUCUUUCUUUCUUUCCUUUUAACAUUCUGAGCGGGACAUCGCCUGACAAUGGAGUCGAUGACUCCAUGUGUUUUGCCCGCCUGAGAAUUGACAGCAAUAAUUUGACGUUCCAUUGGAUCAUUGUUGAUUAUGUUGUACUGGAUUCUUUUUUAACUGUCCAUCUAUUGUCCUUGAUUCGCUA